AUGGUAAUUCACACUAGAGAUCAGCCGUAUUCAUGUUCAGAAUGUGGGAAAGGUUUUACACGGAAAUCAAAUCUUGUUUCACAUCAGAAAUUUCACAAAGGAGAGAAGCCGUAUUCUUGCUUACAUUGUGGGAAGAGGUUUACAUAUAAAUCAAAUUUUGUAAAACAUGAGAGAAUUCACACAGGAGAGAAACCGUAUUCAUGUUUAGAAUGUGGGAAAUGUUUUGCAGAGAAGUCCAAACUUAACCUACAUGAGAGAUGUCACACAGGAGAGAAAGCAUAUACAUGUUCAGAAUGUGGGAAAUGUUUUAGACAAAAAUCAAAUCUUGUUAUACAUGAGAGAUGUCACACAGGAGAGAAGCCAUUUUCAUGUUCAGAAUGUGGAAAAUGUUUUAUAUAUAAAUCACUUCUUGUUAGACAUGAGAGAUGUCACACAGGAGAGAAAGCAUAUUCAUGUUCAGAAUGUGGGAAAUGUUUUAGACAAAAAUCAAAUCUUGUUAUACAUGAGAGAUGUCACACAGGAGUGAAGCCAUAUUCAUGUUCAGAAUGUGGAAAAUGUUUUACACAGAAAUCAAAUCUGAUUUACCAUGAGAGAAUUCAUACAGGAGAGAAACCAUAUACUUGUUCAGAAUGUGGGAAAUGUUUUACACAUAAAUCAUACCUUGUUAUACAUGAGAGAUAUCACACAGGAGAGAAACCAUAUUCAUGUUCAGAAUGUGGGAAACGUUUUACACAGAAAUCAUACUUUGUUAUACAUGAGAGAAGUCACACAAGAGAGAAACCAUAUUCAUGUUCAGAAUGUGGGAAAUGUUUUACACAGAAAUCAUGCCUUGUUAGGCAUGAGGGAAUUCACACUGGGGAAAAGCCGUAUUCAUGUUCAGAAUGUGGGAAAUGUUUUACGGAAAAAUCAGGUCUUGUUAAACAUGUGAGACGUCACACAGGAGAGAAGCCGUAUUCGUGUUCAGAAUGUGGGAAAUGUUUUUCAGAUAAAUCAAGUCUUCUAAAACACAAGAAGAAGCUGCAUUCAGAAUGAGAAAAAUGUUUUUGUUUCUAAAGCCAUAAUUAGGGGUCAAUAGUGAAGUAACACAAGAGAGAAGCCAUAUUAUCUCAACGGAAGCGUUUUUGCAGAUCCAUGACUGAUCCGCACAAAACUCGAGUGUGAAAAUAGCCUAAAACUGACCUGUUACUUUCGUUCUCCAGGCUAAAUAGAUCUCAGGACAUCUGGAAAGAUCUAGGGAAUGGAGAUGAUAUUCAACACUACAGUAAAGCUCAUAACAGACACUGGAAGGAGGAGACCUGAAUAUAGUUGCCAAAGAACAUUCCUUUGGAGUAAGAAGGAAUCUGAAGUACCGAUCCACUGAUGACAAGACUAGGAUCUCCCUGUUCUUAUGGAAGAUGUCAUGGCCAGAUGGAAAUAACCUCUUUAGGUUAGGUAUUUAUGUGGGCCCUCCUCCAGAGGUUCAAAGGGAGAUGAUCUUAAAACUUUUAGGACGAAGGUCAAGUCCUAUUAUGGAAGGCUACAUCUUAGCAAACCUUUCAGGAACCUUUUCAUCAAGGACUAUUGUGACAAGGAUAAACUUGCAGAAUGGGCAAAAUUUAGACUUUUUAGGUUGAUACUCUAAGGCCUUUUCCAAUUUUGUCUUGCAGGAAGCCUAAGAGGCUGAUAAUCUGUGGUUUAGAACUAUCCACCCCUUAAUAGAAUUUAAGCUGAAUAGAUUUACUUGAUCCUUGUGUAAGCCCUUUAAGUUGAGAUCUGGCUACGACAAGGUCUUCUAGACUAUGUCUUAGAAACCAUUAGAUUGAUUUAGUGGCUGUAAAGUUGAGUCUCCACAGGUUCUGGCAGAGCUUAGUGCUCUCGGCACACACAAUUUGCACUGGGGAAGUCUUCAGAUACACCCUUGACUCAUUUGAAAAAGUUGGGAUCAAAAUGAAUUUUUCAUGAAUUGCAAACCAGAGUGUGGCAAAGGUCUUCAUGAUUUAAUCAAAGAGGCUUCAAGAUAGUUAAAGAGGCUGGUCA